CCCCUCCCAACUGAAAAGGAAACCACUGCUGCAUACAAGCUGGCACAAAGACCAUUGUGUUAUUUGCAAGGCAGCACAUGGCAUGCUGGUGCCUACACUUUGGGUAGAUGGGUGCUGUCACAGUAUCAUGUGGAUCUUUGGUUAUGGGUCACUUAUUUGGAAGGUUGAUUUUCCAUUUAAAACCAAAGAAAUAGGCUACAUUAAAGGGUAUGUGAGGAGAUUCUGGCAAGCUUCUAUUGAUCACAGAGGAACACCAGAAAAGCCGGGGAGAGUAGCGACGUUAGUUCCCUCUGAAGAUCCAGAGGCGCGUGUCUGGGGCGUGGCCUACGAGAUCCCGUCGGAUGAGGUGCAGGCGACGCUGUCGCACCUGGACUACCGGGAGCGGUGCGGCUACGAGCGGCGUGCCGUGACGUUCCACCCGCAGGACGGGCGCAGGCCGCCGCACCAGCUCACCAUCUACGUCGGCACUGAGGACAACCCCUACUUCACCGGGCCCACGUCCGAGGAGGAGCUGGCUGCGGUGGUGGUGGAAGCGCGUGGGAUGGCCGGCCCCAACACGGAGUACCUGUACAACCUGGCCGAGGCGGUGCGGGCGACCAUGCCGCACGCCCAGGAGAGUCACCUGUUCAUUCUAGAGCAGGCGGUGCGGAAGCGCGAGCGUUCGGCGAACACCGUCUCAUGAUGCUGGCCUGUGACGUCAGUAUGGCGUCACAUUCGCUAGAUCCGUGGGCUCGCUCACCCCCGCCACCCCAUGACGUCACGGCAAGGCGUCAGCCUCAAAUCUGGUGUUGGUGUUGCGUCGGUAAUGCGGCCGUCCUCCCAUUCUGUUGCCGUUCUGUUGCCGCCGUUGAUUGCCCCCGGUGGUGUGCAGCCGAUGUUCGAACUAACAUCACGCUGACGCUCCCGGUGCUGUCCAUUCAAAUCGUGCAAUACGCUGCGUGGACGUUGUUAAGUGCGUACUCGGGUUUCCAGUCCCUGUAUUGGUACGUCUGUCGGGCUGACGGCUUCCGCAUGGGUCCCGUGUCGGGGCCGGCGUGUCCGAGACCCCAUCCGUCGCUGGCAUGUCGCAUUUGGUCGCGCAGAAAAUACUUGUUUUCUAUAGAGGAAAUUGGUGGGUGCAUGCUAUCCAUUGGUCUGCAAGGCAAUAAUGUUAUGUUAAAUUCCACCGAGUGGCAUUUCUUGGCGUGCUUUGUUUGGCCAUUGAAGGGUCUGCCGAAACGCUCGAUGAUUUUGCGAAUGUAUCGACCAAUCCGAGAAUCAGUGGACGUAUUUGGACAUUUGCAACCUAUGCAGCGAUAAUGUUUUUGUUGGGUCUUUAGCGGUGAUGCAAUAAACAGUACAGAAAAUUGUU